AUGAACCGCACAGGGAUGGCGCAAGAUAAAUGGACCCAAACCGGAUGGAAAAUAGAACAGAGGUAUGCAAACAAAGUGCUGGUAGGCAACUGGGCAGAAGAAAGACUUCAGUUCACUCGGGAGCCAAAGACAGCCAACAGCACCAAUCGUGUAGACUACCGGCCCCACUGGGACUUCAAGCCAGACGUCGCUGAGAGAGGAUCUGCCCUGCUGAGAGCUGAGGGGCUUCCAUCCAAGCAGCUAUUUGGCCAUUAUGGCCCACCAUCCUCUCAUUACUUGGUCACUCAGUAUGAAGACAGCUACAGGCGUAAACACACCAACACUUUGCCCACUCUGCAACCCUGGCAUCCAGACAGCUUGACAUGGCAGCCUGAGAGGUUGAACCGGCCAAUUUCGGCCCUUCUGACCAACUCUGGCCUGCUGCAGUCCACAACGAACCAUUUGGAAAAGCAGCAGCCACACCCCCCAUUGCUGACUGUGUACAGGUCAACAUACCAGAGGCACCCACUUAGUGCCUCCUGCCAGAGCCGCUUUGCCAGGGCUUCACGCGUGUUCUCCAGCCACCUCCAUGCUGCCAAUCACAACAACAAGGACCUGGAUCUGAGACGGUGCUCACUGCUACAAGUCCCAGAUCCCUGUUUCAGUCUACUUUCUCCAUCACAACAGUCUUAA